CCCUAACUACUUUAAAGUAGAAAAACCCAUUUCCCCUCACCGGAAAAUCCCCAUCGGAAAAUCCCCACCAAAAUCCCAUUUCUCCUCUUUCUUCUGAGAACAAGGAAUAUGGUAAAUUUGAGCAUCAUGGAUUAGAAAACACAGUGGAGUUGCAGCAAAUGUUUGACACAAUAGUAGUCGUCGGUGAAACUGCAUGGAUUUCAGCUGUUGGGCCUAUUCCUCCAAAACAACAGAAUGUGGGGUUUGAAGAUGCUAUUGAUUUGGAAGAAGGAAAUGGUGAUUCUGAUGAGAUGGAUUUAGAUCCAAGGUGGAAUUAUGAAAAUAGUGAUGAGUGUGAGGUGGAGGAAGAAAAUAGUGAUGAGGAUGAGAUGGAGGAACAAGCCAUAGAACAAAGAGAAAAGCAAGUGGAAGGGUGGCCUGGAUCUACUCAUGAUGCACGUGUUUUUACCCAUAUAUUGGAAAAUCAUAAGAAUGUGUUUCCUUAUCCUCUUGAUGGUAAAUAUUAUCUUAUUGAUGCUGGUUAUCUUAAUAUAAAUGGAUAUUUCACACCUUAUAAAGGAGAAAGAAAAGCUGCCGGAUUUGCUCUACUUCCUCCUCCCUCUGUCGCCGGCUGUUGCUGGGUAGAAGUUCCAAUUUUUUCUUGUGGCCCGUGGAAGCCUCCCCAAUUUUUCCCGUCGACACUUCCCCAUACCGCCAGCUCCAGCUUUGCUAGUUGAGGAUUUUUGGUAAGUUAGCUUCUCUAAUCUCUAAAAAUUGGUGGAUUAAGUGUUGAUUUGUGAGUUAAUUGGUUGUGUGGGUGUUUGGGUUGUCCAAAAACAAGAUGCCGGAGGUGGGGGAUGAGUUUUGGCCAUUUGAAAAUGGGUUUUGGUUGAUGAUUUAUGUAGGAAAUUAGUGGGUUUGGUUGUUGUGUGAUGUCUGAGAGAAAAAGGGGAGAAUUCUGUGAAUUGACCUUUUUUUUUGUGAAGGCCGGUUCUCCCAAAUUCUUGUCCAUGAGUUUGAAAAUUCUAUAUGUGUAAUUAUAUAAUUGUAGAUACAUAGAUAAAUACCCAAUCCCAGU